AUGGAAGGUGCGUUUUUUUCUCUUUUGGUUGAUGGAGCACAUGAUUCUUCAACUAAAGAGCAAAUGGCAGUGGUAUUGCGUUAUGUGAACAAAAAAGGAGAAGCAAUUGAAAAGUUUUUGGGUGUUCAACAUGUCUCCUCUACAACUAGUAGCUCCCUUGAAGAGGCCAUUGAGAGAUUGUUUGCUACAACAAAUUUGAGUAUGUCCAAGUUACGAAGACAAGGCUAUGAUGGUGCUAGUAAUAUGAAAGGUGAGUUAAAUGGUCUUAAAACAAAGAUUUUGAACAAAUACCCUCAAACAUUUUAUAUUCAUUGUUCUGCACACCAACUCCAACUAGCUCUUGUAUUCGUGGCAAAGGAAAAUGAGGAUGGUGCCAAUUUCUUCAUCAAUGCUAGUAGUUUGGUGAAUCUUGUUGGAUCAUCGUGUAAGCGUCAUGAUGCAUUUAAAGAGAAACAACAAGAACAAAUUCAGAAAGCUCUUGAUCUUGGUAAUCUUGAAACAGCCGUGGUGGAGGUGGUUGAAUGGAUUAAAAAUGAUCGCAACCAAGAUAAUCUCGAUGAAGCAACUAGGUUUUGUGAGGAGCAUGAUAUUUUCGUACCUAACAUGGAGGAUUUGCAUUUUGUACCUGGAAAAUCAAGUCGUAAAGCUCCAAAAAUCACAAACUUCCAUUACUAUCGUGUGGAUCUCUAUUUUCAAGUCCUUGAUCGCUUCAAUGAGGCAAACACCGAGUUACUUCUUUGUAUGGCAUGUUUGAGUCCGGUGAAUAAUUUUGCAUCGUUUGACAAAGCAAAAAUUGUUCGUUUAGCCCAACUUUAUCCUCAAGAUUUUGAUCGUAUGGACCUUAUGAAUCUUCCAAUUCAACUUGACAAUUACAUUCAUGAUAUGAAGAUGUAUUGUGAGUUUUCAACAUUGAGAGGAAUUAGUGAUCUUGCAAAAGAGUUAGUGAAGACCGGGAGGUGUGAAAGCUAUAUGUUAGUGUAUAAGUUUCUUACAUUGGCUUUGGUGUUACCAGUUGCAACCGCUUCGGUGGAGAGAGCUUUUUCUGCUAUGAAGAUUGUGAAAACACCAUUGCGUAACAAAAUGGAAGAUCAAUGA